UUCUUUGGUUCUUUCAGGUGUAACAUUCGCCAUGGAUGAUGCAGAAGCCGCGAACGACAACAAGAAGAAGAGGAGAAGGGUGAACUUGAAAAAAUCCUCUUUGAAACCUAUCCCUGAGACUGAAAUCACUAUUGGAGUAGGAGAUAUCGAAGAUUUCUCUCCUCAAGAAACCCUAGAGAUUAGGGCUUCUCUACUGAAGUGGUAUUAUGAGAACCAGAGAGUCUUGCCAUGGAGGAAGAACCAACUCGAAGAAGAAGACGUCAACGGCGAUGACGGAGAUGGACAAGGAAGAGAGGUUCGAGCAUAUGCCGUCUGGGUUUCCGAAGUAAUGCUCCAACAGACUAGGGUUACUGCUGUUAUCGACUAUUACAACCGCUGGAUGGAGAAAUGGCCCACCGUUCAUCAUCUAGCUCAAGCUUCUCAAGAUGAGGUCAAUGAGAUGUGGGCUGGCUUGGGUUACUAUAGGCGGGCUCGCUUUCUGUUAGAGGGAGCAAAGUUGAUUGUUGAACGAGGUGAGUUUCCUAAGACGGCCUCCACUCUUCGUUCAAUUCGGGGAAUAGGAGAUUACACUGCUGGAGCAAUUGCUUCUAUUGCUUUCAAAGAGGCAGUGCCUGUGGUAGAUGGAAAUGUCAUCAGGGUGAUUGCUAGACUGAAGGCUGUAUCUGCAAAUCCGAAAAAGUGUGAGACUGUCAAGAGCUUCUGGAAAUUAGCUGGGCAAUUAGUUGAUCUUUGUACACCUGGAGACUUCAACCAGGCUCUAAUGGAGCUCGGGGCAACCCUAUGCACUCCUUUGAGCCCAAGCUGCUCCACAUGCCCUGUGUCAGGCCAAUGUCGUGCACUUGUAAUCUCUAGAACUUGCGAAUCAAUAAAGGUUACAGAUUAUCCAGUAAAGGUGGAAAAACCUAAGCAAAGAAGUGAUUUCUCUGCUGUCUGUGUUGUUGAAAUAGCUGAAGGUCCAGAAACUCAGGAGGGAGCCCAUAGUAAGAACAAUAAGUUUCUCCUUGUAAAGAGGCCAGAAGAAGGGCUGCUUGCUGGUCUCUGGGAGUUCCCAUCUGUAAUUCUGGAUGGACAAGCUGACUUGGCCACAAGGAGAAAAGCAAUGGAUCAGUACUUGAAGCAAUCUUUCAAACUUGAUGCUAAGAGGAAUUCCUGCAUAACUUUGCGGGAAGAUAUUGGAGAGUAUGUCCAUGUUUUCAGUCACAUACGUCUGAGGAUGUAUGUAGAGUUGUUGGUUUUAAAUCUAAAAGGUGGGGUAAAUCUACUCAACAGAAAGGAGGACAAAGAAAAAAUCACAUGGAAGUUGGUAGAUGGCAAAUCCAUUCAGAGCAUGGGAUUGACAUCUGGAGUAAGAAUGGUAUACAAUAUGAUUCAGAAAUUCAAGCAAAGUAGAAUGCUCACAAAUUCCAAAACCAAAAGAAAAAGGAAUCAGCAAAAACUAAUUAAAUGAAAUGUCCUUCUGAUGGAAUAGACUGCUCACAAAUUUCACAAACACACGAUAAAGGAUUUCGAAACUAAAUUAAAUGAUAUGCCCUUUGGAUAGGUAUCUGCUGGGUGUAAUACAAGAUGGCUGGAUUCUUCCCAAAGAUUGUAUCAAAUCUUAUUUCAUACAUUACAAAGAUCAUUUGUGUCAAAUCUUCAUGCGAUGAUGUUAUCUA